AUGCUUGCAUCUCCAAGCUCUUUGGCUAUGCCAAGUCCACCACAGAUGGACCCUGCGGUAUCGGUCCCCACGCUUGCUUCUGCCAGUUUGAGGGCUUUGAACACUGCUCCAGCAUAUACUCCAGCUGCGCCAUUUGCCACUCCACCUAAAGUCGUUGAACAAACUUCACCAUCCCUAAUUGCAAAUUAUAGUUCCUUCUUUGCAUCAGCCACUCCAGUAUCUCAAACCAUUCUACAAUUGUUAACACCUCCAAUCGCAUCCACUAGCUCUGUUUUGCUAUCGCCGAUCCUUGCUCAAAAAAAUAUUGUAUUCUCACACACAGCCUUUGAAAGAUUGCUUCCAAUUCCUGAACAAACAGGAUGUGUCAAAACGAGAAAAGGUGCAAUUAAGCAACAUGCAAGUGUUAACGUAUACACCAUUAAAAGAUAG